AUGCCGAACUCAACCAUCUUGCAGCCACUGCCACAUCGUCAAACUUCGGAAGUGAUGCCUUCCAGAAAGGCAAAAAGUGUCAUCAAGUGCAUUCCUUGUCGAAGCGGUAAGAAAAAGUGUCUACCUGAGCAUCGCGAUUGGCCCUUGAAAUGUGAACGUUGUACCACGCAUGGAAUCACAUGUUCAAAGGGCACGAUAAAGCCUAGGAUCAAUCGUUAUGUCCAGACACACAACAAUGCGCCGCCGCAACCAUCCAACAGUUUACCACCGUUAGCGGCGAAAUCCUCGACAUUUGCAUACCUCAAUCCAAAACCUUUCAUUCUGACUCAGCAAUGCACACCGGAGGGAUCGGAUCCCAGCAACCAAGAAGCGAUAUUUCUUCUCGGCAUCUCCGAAGUAGUCAACAUGGCUCUCGACGAGCUCCAAGACCUAGCAACCGAUAUGGCAAAGCCAUUCCAACGGCAUCCACAUAUUAGCUCCCUCGAAAGAUGCAUGCCUGGUAUCGAUGCCAUCCUAGAUGACUUCAAAUGCUUUAGUCUCGCAUUGCAGUUGAGGAUGCUCGAGAUUGGAGCCGCCAAAUUACUCUUGCACGCUCAGUUGGCCUUGACAAGCGAUUACUUUCGGCGCAAAGUCACAUGGAUUUCAGACAUGCGAUCUCUCGAGGAAGUACGUAGGUCUGUCAAAUUCUACCACAAGUCUGGCCAUGCAGGAUUUGCAUACGUCUUACAGAUGAAACUUAUGCUGGAAGAAACUCAUUGGAGGGACGAGGACAUUGAGGAUUUAAAAUCUUACAGACAACCAUUUCUUCAGGAUGUACGACGGUUUCUUCUCAAUGGGAGCAUACCACUACCAACGACCUUCGCGAAGUCUCAGGUGUUUGUUCCAAGAAGAUUCCUCCAGAUUCCUGCAAUUGCCACUGGUCUUCGGAAGGAUGGGCGCCCGGAUUGUCUGGGUAGAUCUGUGUAUAACAUUCUUUAUGACGCUGGGAUUCCCGUUAAAUGGUCCAAAGAAGAAGUCGAUCGUGCUGACGUCUUGGGUCGAACAGCUUUGCAUAUGGCCUGUCGAAAGUGUGAUGAGCAUAGUAUCAGACAAUUAUUGGAGCUUCUCGCGCGUGUAGACCAAAGAGCCUUGAACGGUCUAUUGCCACUUCAUUUCUCGGCCAUCUUCGGGACCAAGACAACCUGCGCCCAAAUCUGGUCCAGACAACAUUUUGUUGGAGCUGCAACGCAGGACGGAUAUGGUCGAUCCCCUCUGUUAUGGGCCGCCUUUUCUGGUAGCUCAGAAGUUGUAGCGUUUUUCCACGGGAGGACUUUUGCCGUUCAAGAUGACUAUGGAUGUACAGCUGUCGGUAUCGCAGCCGCUCAAGGUCAUAUGAAGAUUGUCACGUACUUGGCAAAACAAGGGUAUGCUUGCGACGUGCCGGAUGUUCAAGGUCGCACUCCGUUUUAUCCACUUGCAGUUGCCGCAAAACACGGCUCCACGAAAGCGGUCGCAUACCUACUCGGCCUUCCUAGCCUGCACAUGUAUCAAAAUCAGUUUCAAUCUGACGACGACUUGGAUUUGUCACCUAUGGUUCUGGCAGCUGCUGAGGGAGAGGCAGAAUGCGUCAAAUUGAUACUACAACUUACUUUCUGGAACCCAACACAUCCAGUCAUAGAGCGAGUUCGCGAGAUUGCAAAUCGUCACAACAACAACGCAAUAUUGGGUCUACUGCCACAGCACCACGACAACACAAUAUUGAGUCGACUUCCACAGCAUCUAUUGCAACAUAACGCCUAA